AUGGGCUUCCCAUCUUAUUCGGCGUCAAACGCCAUCAUCUACGUCACUUAUGGCGCUUUUCUUAUCAUGGGGACUGGUGUUGCCUGGAAGAUGAGAAAUCAGUCCAAGGCUGAUUUCCUUUCCGGUAACGGAACGCAGACGGCCCUCCCUCUGGCCCUGAACUUCAUCGCCUCCGCUCUUGGUUCCGGCAUUCUUUUCUCGUAUCCCGAGCUGGCGACCAUUUCUGGUGUGCAGGGCAUGAUGGUCUACGCUCUUGCGUCGUCUCUGCCCAUGCUCAUCUUUGGAUAUCUUGGUCCUAUCAUCCGGCGACGAUGCCCCGAGGGUUUCGUCCUCACGGAGUGGACUCGUCAACGAUACGGCAUCAUCACCAUGCUGUAUCUGAGCUUCAUGUCGCUCGUUACCUUGUUCCUGUACAUGGUUGGUGAGUUGUCGGCUAUCGGACAGGUCGUUCAAGCUUUGACUGGCCUUGACCCUCUGCCCAUCAUGAUCGUUCAGUGUGUAAUCACGACCAUUUAUACUUCUCUUGGCGGAUUCAGAAUCUCCUUUCUUACCGAUAUCGUUCAGGGUACCAUGGUUAUUGGUCUUGUCAUCAUCGCCGCCAUCACCAUCGGUGUCAAGACUGAGAUCCAACGCCCUCUCAUCGACGAAUCCGGUCUUACCAAGCCGAACCUGCUUGGCUGGCAGCUUCUGUACAUCCUCCCUGUUGCUGUUCUGACCAACGACUUCUUCCUUUCGUCAUUCUGGCUGCGAACCUUUGCCUCCAAGACGGACAAGGACCUUCGAAUUGGCACCACCAUUGCUACCAUCGUCAUCUUGUGCAUCCUUACGCUUGUUGGCUCUACUGGUCUUAUCGCGAUUUGGUCUGGAGCCUUGUCACUCGAAGACAACGCCGCUGGCUCUGGCUCGGUAGCCUUCUUCAUCCUCCUUGAGACCCUCCCCAGUUGGGUCGUCGGUAUCGUUCUCGUUAUGGUGGUCACCCUGAGCACAGCUGCCUUCGAUAGUCUCCAGUCCGCCAUGGUGUCCUCUGGAUCCAACGACCUGUUCCGGAACAAGCUCAACAUAUGGUACUGCCGUGCCAUCGUCGUCCUCAUCAUCAUCCCCGUUAUCGUCAUUGCCCUCAAGGCGCCAUCGGUUCUUCAGAUCUGGCUCAUCACCGAUCUUAUCUCUGCCGCCACCAUCCCAGUUCUCGUCGUUGGUCUCAUUGACAAGUUCUACUGGUGGCGCGGCUUUGAGGUAGUCGUAGGUGGUCUUGGCGGUAUUCUGACCGUCUUCAUCUUUGGCUGUGUCUACUACGGCAACGCCCAGGAGGCUGGUGAGCUUCUCCUCGUGCAGAAGGGUCUGUACGGGAACGACUGGAGUGCCUUUGGCGCUUUCGUUGCCGCACCUGUUGGAAGUCUUCUCUGGGGCUGUGGUGCUCUCGUCCUCCGCAUUACUUUCCAGUAUGUGUCUGCCAAGGUCCGCGGACACCGCUUCGACGCUCUGGACCGUCCUCUGAACCUUCGUCCUGCUAGUAGCAAUGACGAUGUUCCUUCAGAAAACCUUGUUUCUCAGAGCCCGGGCAAGUUCUUUUAG